CCCGCCACACUGGCUGCUAAGAUGCCUUGUUACAUAUGUCAGCGUCGCUCGCUCCGCACCGGCCGCAAGGACAGACGGCGAGCCCCGCCAUUGGCUACCAGGCGGCCCCGAGGAAAAGAGGCGGGGUCAGGCUGAUUGAUAAAGCAGGAAGAGGCGGUGUCCAGCCAGCACACAACAAGUGAGAGAAGAGGAAUAGCCGCCACCACUGCGUUGCUAUGGCAACGUAGAGGACAUGACAGCAGAGGACACACAGCUUGACAUAAUGACAACAGAACAUUCCCGCUGCUCCGAUGACACCGCAGACUCUCUUCCAAGCCUUUAGCAUUUGAUUGCGGACCAGGUGGUCCAGAACCGUCAGCAAAGGUCUUCAGAAAAAAAAGGAGCCUGGGGCAUUUGAGGUGUUAAAAUGUCCCAGUCGGGAAAAGUGCUGCACCUGUAUGUUGAGGUGCGGUCUGCGGGUGAAGAAGAAGGAAGGGUUCCUGGGAUCGGAGAUGACGGAAGGGGUCACCUGAUCCUUCAGUGUCCGGACGUUCUCCCUCACUCUCAAAGGAGCUCUGUCCUUUCCAGCCCCAACCGAAGUCCGGACCAUUCCCCACGUACCCACUGCCGAAUGCCGGGUGGGCUCCAGAGCUCCUCUCCCUCCCUCUCGUCCACCAGGCACUCGGUCAGCCCGCAGGGCCGACACCCGGACAGCCUGGAUUCCUCUGCUUACUUCCACCAGGAGGAGAUGCUACCCAACACGUUUGAGGACUUGCUUCAGGUCCUUACAUGCGCAACCACCAGUCAAGGACAUCAGUACUCGGGAGCUCUUGCCCCGUCGUCGGACAUGUACCCCUAUCAAAGGCGGAAGCUUACCGACCCCCCGCCAGUGUUUGGGCGCAUAAAUGCACCUUCUACACCCACUUUCCACCGCCGGUCCUGUGAUGUCCAAGGGUCAGGCGCUCAGGAGAGGAAAUCGUCUGUGGUGACCUUCGGGUAUAUUGAGAAAGCCAACGUUCAUAUGAUGGGUGACCGUCGACUGAGUGAUCCGUUAGGAUCCGGCAGUCGGGUCAGACGGGCUGAACCCUGCCCGGUUCACCAUCGGCCCUCUACCAAUCCGGGGUCUCCUUUCCUGCACAGAGAUGCGGUCGCUCGAGAUGCCACCUACCGCGCCUUGGAAGAGUUUGGCUCACCAGAAUUGCGGCGGCGCUUUGCAGGUCGCGGCAAUGAGAACUACAACCCGACCUUGCCACGAAACCACAAGUGGCCAACCUGCCGCUCAUGGGCGGGGUCACCAGUCCUGCCCCACGGGACCCUCACUUUGCCAUCCGGCGCUCAGCUCAGAGACCUCGAUAGGGGAGGCUGUCAGAACUCCCCCAACGGGUUGGGGAGAAGCUCCGAGUCCAAUCAGCUGCGUGCACACGCCGGGUUCUCCCCCCACACAGCAGCUCGGAUGUCGGGGCAUCAUUCUCACGGCGCUCUCCAGAUCCAGCAGUCUUCUUGGUCGGGGGACGAAAGUCCCAGACUGUCCGGCAGAUUUCAACCACCUUUACCAGCUGGACGGCCCACAGAUUUCCAGCACGAUGCCCCAAGCAGCAGAGCAAAUGGUGUGCGAAGCUCCUCCCCGUUUUCCAAUGUUGACACUUUUUGGGGACGUCAAACUCCCUCUCCAACACCUUCCCCGUCUGAGUCUUUGAGGUCACUCAGUCCAAGCGUCGGAGAGUCAUUGCUUCAAAAACCCCAACCACUUUCCGAUCUUUAUGAGGACCCCUCCUUGGAUCCGCUGCGGGAAAACGAACCAAAGCCACAAUGGAAGACGGACAAAUCCAAACUUCAAGUAGAACCGGAAAGCGUCUCGCAUGCCUUGAGCAGGAAAGGACCCUGCUCACCUUCGGCUUCUCAUUUGCAUGUCUUAACCCCGCGCCCGGAGCAGAAUUCAAACUCCGCUCAGCAUCCGCCACUCCCGCACCAUCACCACCGAGUGGCGCGCUUGACUGGAGAGCGCAGAGCUUCAGACUGGGAGCCAAGGCGCCGCGAUCGCUCACACAGCCCCGACACCUCCAGUGGACUCGCCUCCUGGCAAACAGUCGACGCCUCAUCCUCCUCGCAGCAGGAGCUCAAGAAAACCAGUCCAGUCCAAGACAGGCUGCAAGUCUGUCAGCAAAAGUCCCGGCGCUUUGCGACAAGACCCAACGAAAAGAGUUUCCGAAAGCAAGGUGAAGACAAGGCAAGACAGGAUCAUUGCGCACCCGUCGGGCAUCUGUCCGAGACUCGGCAGGAAAACGUUCAGGAUCUCAACAAGGUUGUUGGGACGUCCUCUCGGAGCUCCAGCGGGCUGAUGGGAAGCUUGGGCGAAAGAAGCGUGUCUCCUGAAAGCUGGAGCCAGUCCAGCUGCGAUCUGGGCUCUGGGAUCCAGUCAGGCCAAAGUUCAGACGUGAGUCUGCCUUCGAGGUCACAGAAAAUCGCCCAGGCCAAGUGGAACUUCCUGUUUGGAGCACAGAGCCAGGAAGACAGCAGCAAUAAAGGCACUCCUCGGCCUGCUGCGUCCUCGCUGAGCCCUGCCGCCGCCAAGCCACCCAAGCAGAGGCGGGGUGGGAGGGCCGUCCAGGCUCAAAGGUCAUCUCAUCACCAAAAAGUUCGGCAGAUCGAGGUGGAACUGCUCACCUCCGACCCGGGAGACUCGGCCCCCGAGACGGGCGUGGUUCGGCGCAGCGUCAAAUAUUCCGAGACGGACCUGGACCACGUGCCGCUGCGCUGCUACCGAGAAACUGACCUGGACGAGGUGAUGCGGGCGGAGGCGGCCGAGGAGGAUCCCGGCGAGGCUUUGCCGAGGGCGCGUCGGAGUGAGGGAGGGCCGAUGGAGGAGGAGGACGAGGAUGAGGACGGCCUGGCGAACCAACCGAGCGCCCGCGUGCAGGGAGAGCGCCAGAGGCAGAAGGCCGCCUCCCACCAUGACAGUGGCUUCACUCUAUUGCUGAAGGGGACGUCGGAGGUGAAAGGCCCAUCGGCGGCGGGCGCCGGCGUCCCCCUCCAGCCGUCCGACAGCCACCUGGAUUCUUUCAGUCGUCAUUUUGAAAGCAUUAUGGAGGGCCACCGGGCCAAAGGAACCUCCUUCAGCAGCCUGGACAGCGUCGACCUGCUCACCUCGGGAUCCACGUCCGUCUUCACCUUUGACCUGCCCACGCUCACCCCUGAAAUCCAGAGUCAGAUCUGCGAGAGCGCCAAGAACAUCAUCCAGCUGAGCUUCGCCCCUUUGUCAAAGGCGAGCGAGCCCGCCGCCCGCUCGGAAGUCUCCUUGCGAGGGGGAUCCGAGGACGACGACAGCUCUGCGGCAAAAGAGCCGGUGCGGCGCUCCAUCCUCAAAGACGGCUUCCGCAAAACCAGCUCGGCACCGUCGCUCCACGGCGCUGCCAGGGAGCGCUGUGUCUUGGGCAGUAACGACUUCAGUCAGAGGGUGGCGGAAGAAUAUCUCUGCAACUUUGACUUCAACGGUCUCGCCAUCGACCAAGCACUCAGAAUCUUCCUCAGCAAGUUCACGCUGAUGGGAGAAACUCAAGAGCGAGAGCGGGUCCUCGCUCACUUUUCCAGAAGAUACGUCGCCUGUAACCCCCGCAGCCUCGCCGCCCAAGACAGCGUCCACACGCUGACUUGUGCUCUGAUGCUGUUGAAUGUUGAUCUCCAUGGAAACAAUGUCGGCAAGAGGAUGUCCUGCAGUCAGUUCAUCUCCAACCUGGAAGGUCUGAACAAUGGAAAAGACUUUCCUAAAGAUAUGCUGAAGUCAUUGUACGCGUCCAUCAAGAACGACAAACUCCAGUGGACCAUCGACGAGGAGGAGCUGCGGACGUCCGCGUCGGACUCGGCCGACGGCCGAACAGACUCCGCCUCCCACACCCUGAAGCGAGCGGGGAUGGGCCGCAACCAGCUGGCGGCUGCGGCGCAGCGGGCCGACGGCGAGCUGUAUAAGAGCGGCUUCCUGGUGCGCAAAGUCCACGCCGACGCAGACGGCAAGAAAACGGCGCGCGGCAGGCGAGGCUGGAAGUCCUUCUACGCCACCUUGAAGGGUCGCGUGCUCUACCUGCAGAAGGACGAGUACGGCGCCGAGCGCCAUCUGACGGAGGACGACUUGAAGAACGGCGUGUCGCUGCACCACGCGCUGGCCAUGAGAGCCGCCGACUACGCCAAGCGGCCCAACGUCUUCUACCUGCGCACCGCCGACUGGAGGGUCUUCCUCAUGCAGGCGCCGUCGCGCGAAGACAUGCGAUCGUGGAUCACCCGCAUCAACGUGGUGGCGGCCAUGUUCUCGGCUCCGCCCUUUCCGCCCGCCAUCGGAUCGCAGAAGCGCUUUGCUCGCCCCCUGCUGCCCGGCUCCACCACCAAAUUGUCGCAGGACGAGCAGGCAGCGUCUCACGAGGCUCGCUUCCGGGCGGCGUCCUCUGACCUGGACGAGCUGGUUGGCGCCGCGCCGGACCGCAAGGUUAAAGGUCGCGAGUUGGACGAGCAGAAAGCGCGCCGAGAGUAUUUGGAGUUUGAGAAAACACGUUACGGUACAUACGCCAUGCUGUUGCGCGCCAAGAUGUCCGCCGGUGAGGAGGACUUGGCAGCCUUCGAGGCGCGACUCUUUGAGGACGGUGGCGGCAGUGGCCCGCAGAGGGCGCACUUUAGCCCCUCGCCGCCACAGCACGCGGACGGCAAAGAGAAGACGCGCGGCACCAAAAGUUUAAAGGUCGCCUCCUCGCAUUUGCUCUGCGACGGCAGCGCCCAGCAAGAAGAGGAAAGCGGGAAGAAUGAGAACACGCCACGGCCGCAAGCUUCCAAGUUGGCAUCCAGACAGGAAGUGACGCCGUGAGGAGCGCUCGCAGCGACGGCAUCGUGGGAAAAAGGCGGAAGAGGAGGACGUGUGUUGUCUAAGACUUUGACGCCAGCGCUCUUUUUUUCCCUUCCCUGUCUUCGUCUGAUGCUGUCGCCAUGGCAACAGACGGAGUGCAACUCACCGUGGCAACCACUGCACGAACGACUGUCGUCACGGCAACGGGAGAAAUCCUCAUCGUCCGGACCAAAAUAAUCACCGCCACAUGUGCACGUGCGCAUCGACACACUUGUACACACACGUACAGCUGUCGGAUAUAUUUAUUGAUCAUGCACACGUCAACAGUCAGGAACAUAUAUUUCAAGAAUGAAACGUUGACGCUCAACACAAAAACGUUUGUCAUCUUAACGGACGACC